AUGAUCGGAAGUGAUUAUAUUUUAGAACUGUGCAAUGUUUUUCAUUCGGGUCAAGUAGAGCCAGGAAGCUUCUUUCAGCGACUCACGGGCGGAGUGAAGACAGGCAUAAUACUUAAAGAUGUCUCCUUCCUCACUCAAAGUGGUGAAGUUACUGCUAUACUGGGAUCUAAAGGUAGUGGAAAACGCGCACUUUUGGACGUCAUCAGCCGCCGGGUACCCUGCAAGGGUCAUAUUCUCCUCGAAGGCGUACCUUUAGAAGAGGAUCAAUUUAGAAAUACUUGUGCGCUUGUGCAUCAUUCCACAAAAUUGCUGCCUGGACUUAGUGUUCAACAGACAUUGGCUUUGUCCUUGGCUAAGAUUUCAGGAUACUUAAAGUCAUCGAAAGUGAAACAAGUUAUGGCAGAUUUGGCUUUGUCACAAGUGGCAAAUAAAUGCGUUACCAGUUUAACGAAAAGCGAAUAUCGACGAUUAGUUAUCGGCGUGCAACUCAUUCGCGAUCCAAUUAUUCUGCUUCUCGAUGAACCUACCUGGGACUUAGAUCCUUUAAAUACAUACUUGGUAAUUUCCAUCCUAUCAAACGCUGCCAAGAAAUAUGGUACAACUAUUAUACUAACUAUGGAGAAACCUAGAUCAGAUGUGUUUCCAUUCCUCGAUCGAGUGGUAUAUCUGUGCCUAGGGGACGUGGUGUACGCCGGCCCUACAAGGAAUCUGUUAGAUUAUUUCGGCAGCAUCGGGUUCCCUUGUCCGCAACUCGAGAAUCCUUUGAUGUAUUAUUUAUGUCUAUCUACAGUAGACAGACGAUCUCGAGAACGUUUUAUCGAAUCAAAUCACCAAAUUGCGGCAUUAGUAGAAAAAUUUAAAGUCGAAGGUCAAGCGAUUAUGCAGGGAAAUAUGACAGAGCACAGUCGCAUCAUAAACCCUAACAAAAUGCAGAUGAACUAUGGAAAACCCGGCGGUGUACGCAUUGUAUGGAUGUUGUUUUUGCGAAUGCUGGCAUCAAUUUUCAAUUUAAAGAAACAUGGUUUAAAACAAAUGUUAAUGAGAUUAUUAACUUUGCCAAUAUAUUGCUUAAUAUUAUGGAUUUUCUACAACGAGGCAAAGGAUUUUCAGCGCGCUUUCGUUACUAAGAGUGGUCUAAUAUUUAAUGCUAUGGUCGGAACAUACUUCAUUAGUAUUAUGAACACUAUUUGUCUUUAUGGUCCCUACAGAACUCGUUACUAUCAAGAAUCUCAGGAAGGUCUGUACAGUGGGGCAAGUCUAUUGCUCGCGUGGAAUCUCGUCUCACUGCCGUUUUCGUUUAUUGCUACAUUUGCAUCUGCUGCUAUAAUAUAUCCUAUUCUCAGCGAUAUAUCAGAAAGUCUGGACUACGUAUAUUUCUCUCUGAUCCUGUGGUCGUGCUAUAUCUACGCAGAACAACAAACCAUUGCCGUCAUGAUGUUCGUGAAGAACGGCCUUAUCGCUGCUAUUGUCAACAUUUAUAUCUCCUGCAUUUACAUUAUGUUGGCUGGUGGUGUUCUAAGAUCCUAUAAAGGCUAUGAAGACUGGCUCCUCUAUCUCACUUACCUCACACAUACACGAUACGCCUCAAUUUUCCUACAUAGAAACAUAUUCAAGCAGCCCACAUUUAACAUCCUUCCAUACAGCGAAGACGACAACUGUACAUCUAUUACAAAUCUCAUACAAACUUCAUCUAACAUAAACACUAAUUCCAAUGCAAACUGUAGGUAUCCAAGUGGUAAGGCAUUUCUUACUGAGAGGUUCACAUCUAAAAAUUUUGGCGGUGAUAUCUAUCAGACUGGCGACUUUAAUAUGGAUUUCAACUUAGGUAUUUCCUUUGCAUUCUCUUUAGGUAUUAUCGUUUUUAAUAAGUUCUUAUAUCUCAUGCCUUUGCCUGGAUACAUUAUUGAUAAGUUUAGGGAA